AUGCUUCAUGAUCAUGCCCGACAGGGGCGGCACCCCGAGCGAGUCCGGGUCGGGCGGCACGACGCCGCACCGGACGGCCAUGCUCCUCCAGCUGCCGCCCACGGGCCUCAUCUCGGGCAGGAACACGGCCGUGUUGACGUACAUCCGGCACCCGGGCUCCGCGAACAGCCGCGCCUCGCACCCGUCGGCCUUGUUGGCGACAAACAGGCCGCAGCCCGCGGGCACCGCCGAGCCCGACCUCCCGCCGCCGCCGCCGCCGCCGCCGCUGGCGUCCACGUCGUAGCACAGCUCCGUCGCGUGCUGGGCCGCGGGCCGGGGCAGGUCCAGCACGGCGACGGGCGCGCCGCGGCACCGCUUGGGCCCCGGGACGCCGCUGAAGAUGGUGGCGCGGAUGAGCAGGUCCGGGUCCGCGGGCUCGCUGCUGUUGCCGCCGUCGCCGCCGGCCGGGUCGUUGAUGGCGCGGUGGCCCGAGUCCUCGUCGAGCGUCGUCCCCGGCGGCAGCGACUCCGGCGGCAGCUGCGCCUUCUGCGGGGACGGGGACGGCGAGCAGAGCACCAGGGAGGAGGAGGAGGAGGAGGAGGAGGCCCAGGGUCCCGCCAGCAGAAACGCGAACAGGAGCAGGAGGAUCCGGUGGGGGCCUCCUGCGGCUGUCUCGAGGCGCGAGCGGGCGGGCAUGGGUAA